AUGACUACGGAAGCAGGAAGUAGUGAAGUCGCAAGCGUGCCCCCUGUCGUCGAGGAGAAAGGAAGAAAGUCCAGGAAGAGGGACCAAUCGAUAGAUGCCUUGGCAAGCCUAGAGAACAAGCUUACAAGGACAGAGAUUAACGUCGAUGAGAUAAAAUCUUCUAAGAAGGAAGAAGAUAAAAGAGGGAGUCUCAUGUUCGUCGAAGUUAAAGUGAAUGCAAGGAACACUAAUGCGCUAGUAGAUUCUGGAGCAACCCAUAGUUUCAUCGCAGAGGAAGAAGCAAGGAAGUUGGGUAUUCAUUAUACAAAGGAGUUAGGUCGGUUGAAGGUUGUCAACUCUCCAUCUAAUCCGAUCCUCGGAGUUUCUCGUGGAAUACCCAUGAAGAUCGCAGAAUGGGAAGGGACCAUCGACUUGAUAGUGGUUCCGAUGGACGACUAUCGCAUGGUACUAGGAAUGGAUUUCCUGGAUAUGGUAUGUCCUUGGUCGUUCGAAAGAGACAACACCCUGCGUAUAACCAAGGGAUCAACUAUCCAUAUAAUUCCCUUGGAAAGAAGAAAGACAAAAGCUCGAUCCCUUUCAACUAUGAAGUUGUGUUAUGACAAGAACAAUAUAAUCAAGAAGAAUAUGAAGCCAAAACGGGAAGUUCGAAUAAGCGAGGCACGUUCGAAGGAACAGGGAUCCAUAUCCUACAUGAAGAGUUACUCAAGGUUUUACGAGGAUGAGAGAAGAAAUAGGAAUCAAAGUACAUCGAGAAAUAAAAGCACGCCUUGCUCGAAGAGAUACUUUGGAGAAAACGAAAAGACACAAAGUAGCCCCGUGACAAGAUCAAGACAUAUGUAUAGAAGACUUGACGAGGACGUCAAGGGUUUAAGUGGGGGAGGGUGUCACGGACCAAGUUUCUGGAAAAUUCUACAAUCGUCUAGAGAACUCUGGAACGAUCAAGUAUACUCGAGAAAUCUCCGGAGAAAUCAAGAAUGCUCUACGAGACCCUGGAAGCUUGCAAUUCCUUCCAACUCUACUCAACUUGCUGAUUCCGCCACCAUCAUUCUCAUUGAAUACCCUCCGCUGUUCCAAUUUCUCAUUUCAGAUUGUCCGUACAGAAAAAGGAAGAUAGUUAGGAAGAGCCGAAGAGGGAAAGAAAACUUACACCGAUGGGCUGAAAACGAUGAGGGGGAACUGGUUAUUGCCGACGUAUGGAACGGUGAUGAAACAAUUGUGCCCCGGAUAAAACUUCGCUUUUUCUUUUCUCAUACGCACGCCUUUCUCUUCAACGCCACUUCUCUCUUCGGCCCCUUUCUCUUCCAACUCCGACCUGUUGCCUCCUUCCGACCUGCAACGCCACUGGCGCUGUCGGCUUCGCCUUCGCCUCCGUCACCUCUUUCGCCUCUGACAACUUUUGCAGGUCAAAUGGGGGAAGAAGAAAUAAGAGAUGAUGGGUUAAAUAAUCAGAAAGAGACCGUUGAAUUGGCCUCUGAGUUUACUGCAAUAGAGGAUAUAGACAUGAAUCAAGCAGAAGACAGUAAUGCUGAAGAAGAAGAAGAUGAUGAUGAUGAUGAUGAUGAUGAUGAAGAUUCAGAGGAGCCAUAUACAUUAAGAUUUGAAGGGGAUAUAGAUCCCUUGGCUCUCACAGAGGUGGAUGCUUUUGGAGUUGAGCCUUAUGAGUGUUUGGAACGCAUGGAGAAUGAGUAUGAAGCCUUGGCUGCUAAAAAGCGUAAAGCAAACCUCAGUUACAACCAUGAAGGAAUGCCACCAGAAAAGAAGUUGAGACAAGAGGAUUUCCCUGGUGCAAACUUUGAAGAAUUAUUGGCGGAAAUGACAUAUGGAAUGAGAAGAAAAAGAAAGAUUAAGAAAAGAGGUAGGAGGAAGGGAUCAAAGAGAAAAGUUAGUCCAGAAAUUACACGAAAAUUAGGUGAUGCUACACUCUUGUAUGCACAUGGGCAAUAUGAGGAGGCCAUACCUAUACUGAGGGAAAUCAUUCGUGUUUCACCGAAUCUGCCUGAUUCAUACCAUACACUUGGUCUUAUAUAUAAUGCCAUUGGGGAUAAAAUGAGAUCCGUUAACUUUUAUAUGAUUGCUGUACAUUUGACACCCAAGGAUGCAUCUCUCUGGAAGCUACUCGUCACUUGGUCUUUGGAACUAGGGAACCGUAAACAAGCCUGGUAUUGUCUUGACCGAGCAAUAAGGGCAGAUCCGGAAGAUGUGAGUCUUAGAUAUCACCGUGCCUCAGUUCAUGUUGAGCUUAGAAACUAUCAGAAGGCUGCUGAAUCAUAUGAGCAAAUCUGGCAACUUCGUCCUAAAAAUGUUGAAGCAUUGAAGACAGCAGCAAUGAUGUACCAAAGAUGUAGUCAGCAUGAACGCAUUGUCUGCAUUCUUGAAGAGUAUUUGAGAAAGAACCCAAAAGAUGCUGAUCUGAGUGUGGUUCAUUUAUUAGCUUCAAUGCAUAUGUUGGGAAAUGCACAUGAGAAAGCUCUUCACCAUAUUGAGUAUGCACGACAGAAUUAUUCUGCUGGUAAAGACUUACCUGUUGAGCUGUUGGUUCAAGCAGGGAUAUGCCAUGUUCAUCUUGGAAACAUGGAAAAAGCACAGGCUUUCUUCGGUGUGUUCACACAUGAGACUGUAAAUGAUUAUUCUCACUUAAUUAUUGAAGCUGCUGACUCAUUAAUGAUUGCAAAGCACCAUGAAUCCGCAUUGAAGUACUACCUGAUGUUAGAAGGGAAUGAUGGUGUCAAUAAAGGACUACUUUAUUUUAACAUCGGGCGUUGUUACUCCUUCUUAAGUUCAAGAACACAAGCAAUUGACUACUUCUACAAAGCUCUACAUGAACAUGAAGACAACAUUGAUGCUAGGUUGGAACUAGUGUCAGUUUUGUUAUUAGUAGAUAAGGAAGAUGAAGCCAUUUCUGUACUUUCUCCACCUUCUGAUUCAGAAUCAAGAGUUGAUGGAACCUCUGAUGCCGAUGGGGUUGGGGUGAUGAAACCUUGGUGGACUGACAAAAAUAUAAAGUUAAAGCUUUGUUAUAUUUAUAAAUCCAAAGGUUUGACCGAAGCAUUUAUUGAUGCAAUAUUUCCAUUGGUUCGUGAAACAUUGUUUCUUGAAACUAUUCAACGAAAGGUUAGACCAAAGAAAAAGCUACCAAAAAGUGAGCUGCAUAAAAGAGCUGAGGUAUUAGAUGAACAUCAACCUGACAAUUUAUUUCAAGGAUUCCGCCCUAUUGCUUCUUCUUCAGAUCUGUCGAAAGCUUCUAGAGCAAAGAAGUUGCUGAGGAAAAAAGCAGCAGAAAGAGAAGAAAGGCGAGCUGCAGCAUUGGCUGCUGGAGUUGAGUGGCAUAGUGACGAAUCAGAUGAUGAUUCUCCUGUAUAUAGAGAACCUCCCCUGCCUCAUCUCUUAAAGGAUGAAGAACAUCAUAGGCUCAUUGUAGAUCUGUGCAGAGCAUUAGUAUCAGUGCAAAGAUAUUGGGAAGCACUUGAAAUUAUCACUUCAACCCUUAAAUUGGCACAAAACACUCUAACAACAGACAAACAAGAGGAGCUUCGUUCACUUGGAGCACAGAUAGCGUAUAAUAUUGAUGGUCCCACGAAUGGAUGGGAUUGUGCCCGAUACAUCAUUACCCAAAACCCUUAUAGCUUUGCAGCCUGGAACAUCUACUAUAAAAUUAUGUUAAGAUCGAGGCUGGAUAAGCAUAAUAAAUUUUUGCUUGAAAAGCUUGCGAAACAUGAAGAUUGUGUGCCAGCACUUUUAAUAAAAGGACAUGUAUUUACAAUGCAUAGCCAGCAUCAAGUAGCUGCAAGAUAUUACCUGAAAGCAUAUAGAUUGAUGCCAGAGAAUGCUUUGCUAAAUCUUUGUGCUGGAACUGCCCUAAUCAAUCUAGCCCUUGGAUUGCGACUUCAUAACAAGCAUCAAUGUGUCUUGCAAGGCUUGGCUUUUCUCUACAACAAUCUUCGCCUUUCUGAUAACAGCCAGGAAGCUUUAUACAACCUAGCACGAGCCUAUCACCAUGUUGGUCUUAUUUCACUUGCGGCUACAUGCUAUGAGAAGGUGCUUACAAUUCAUCAAAAAAGAUCACCCAAUUCCAAAGCUCCCCAAUGAUGGUCUACAACCCACACAUGACUUAAAACCCGGAUACUGUGACCUUAAAAGAGAAGCAGCUUAUAAUUUGCACCUCAUUUAUAAAAAUAGUGGGGCCAUGGAUCUUGCCAGACAGCUGCUUAAAGACCACUGUACUCUUUAACUUAGGACCUGUGUAUAUAUGUAAUGUAUAUUACUUUUUCAGCUUACUUACUACCCUAGAGUUUUUUGCUAUUUGUUGGCUUUUAUCCCAAGACUUUAUUAACACCUAGGAUAAGUGGUUAUAUUAACAGGAAAGUGUAUGCAACUUGUGUUGGCUCUGGCUUUGUUAGAAAAGUACGCACAUAACACCUUAAUACAUGGAAAAAUACUUCAGUUGCUUGUUUGUUUGCUUACUCGAGGCAUAUGACAAAACAAGUUGCACUGUGUGUUUCUACAUUUCUUUUUGUUUACUAAGGCAUUGCACUUUGAAAAAUCAAUCAAUUUUGAAAAUUGUACUUUUUCAUUUUUUUUUUGACAUGCUAAGAAACAUCCAUCAAUUUUAGCAAUGAAAAUUGUCAUAAUUGAAUGACAUUGCUGUAAUUGGGUGAAUGUUUCAAAUGUUGUAAUAGGAAAUAAUAAAUGUAAACGAAUGAAAAUAUGUUAACCCAACAUAACAUAUGAUCAAACACCUUGUCAUAAAAUCAAAAAGUAUAGAUUACAUGAGUGGCAUUUGAUUGUGAUGAUGAAGAGCUGAAAUUUGGGGUUUACAGGGUUGGGGUUCGUUCAAUGUUUCCAGAAAUAACAGUUAGAAUGUUGUUUCCAAAGGGAUCGCUCAAGUGAGAAGCUAGGUUUUCAACAGGGCCCUGUCCAGUCACAUACGCUUGGAUGAAGAACGCAAACAUGGAGAACAUUGCUAGUCUACCAUUCUUGAUCUCUUUCACCUUCAACAAUGCAAACUGGUCUGGAUCAUUAGCCAAUCCCAAUGGGUCAAAUGGGCCACCAGGGUGUAGCUUGUCCUCAAAAUCCAAGCCGUUGGUGAUUCUGUAGUAUUCAGCACCACCAACAAGAACAACCUCUGCAACGACAGCCAGGACGAGGUUAAUGGGGAUGUUCUUCCCAAAGUAAUUCAAUGUGUUCCCAUCAAGUAGUAGAGCACCCGUCUGCAUCCAUACAGCUUCAGGGCCACAGUUGGCACCAUACUUGUUGAAGGCCUCGGGAAUGAUGCAACCCGCGGCACCCAGCAUAGCCCAUCGUGCAUGAAUCAGUGGGAACUUACUUGGCAAAGUCUUCUGGUUUCUUGCCAAGUCCAAAAGGAUCAUAACCAUAACUGCAUGCGACUUCCCCAUUGAGGUACUCUGGGAUUUCCGACCGGUCCAAAAGACCUUCGGGCAAGAAUAUUCUUCUCUCAGGACCUUACCACUUGGCAAGCUCGUCGGAAGCCGGGGUGACGGGGGCGGGCUUAGCCUUGGGUGCAGGUUUCUUCUUUUGGAAAAGGGCGACGGUCUUAAAGCUGGCUGCAGGACUAGAAGCCGAAGGAGCCGUCUUGGAUGUACCGGAAAACUUGAGCUGGUUUCCAAGAAUUUCCGACACACCCAGGGAGGACGCUGCUGCCAUAGAAGCCAUUCUUGCCGGAAAUUAAACCUUUAGCUGUUUUUGU